AUUAGGAUACAUGUGUGGCAGAAACAUAAAUCUGUUUUUGGUGUUUUUACAGUGGCUGUUUCGGAGCCAAAGCUUUCGGUGAUUUCAGUGGAGGGCGGUGACAUAGCUCUGCAUUGCGAAGGAAACUGCUGGCUGCCAGAGCCUCAGAUAACAUUUCUGGAUGACAAAGGAAAAAAGAUCUCUGAGGAAAAUCCAAAAAGAGAACAAGAUGCCCGUGGAUGUUUCACUGUGACACGAAGAGCCACUCUGCAAAGAGCUACCAGCAGUGUCACCUGCAGAGUUCAUCAACCAGAGUUUAACCUGACAAGGGAAACAACAAUCCUCAUACCAGCUGGCUGUAUCAAAUCUGAUCUUCAAAUGGUUGUCAUCACCAUUGGAGGAACAGCUGGGUUUCUCUUAGCUGCAGCUGGACUGAUUGCUCUUUUGUUUAAGCCAUGUGGCAAAUUUGCUAUUGUAAAGCAGCUAGAGACCAAGAAGUCAUCAGAUCGAAGUAUAACGUGUGAAAGCUACCACCUACUGACAACGGACAACUUGGUAAAUGGCCACAAUGGGCAGAUGAAUGAGUUUCUUAUGGACGAUGAGACCAUAAAAAUACAGAACAACAAAGUUACUCACUACGACAGGGCAACAAUUGUUCGACGCCAUUCCACAACCACAGGAGAUGUUCCAAAACCCUCACAAUUAUUCUUAAAUCAUAGCCCUGACAUUAACAACGUCACCAGUGUGUACAAUCCAAACCCAUCUUCAGCUUCAACCAGCAUUAACACUACAAAAUCUGGCAACUUACUCAAAAGCAGGGGUUCGAAAAUUGUUAUCAAAAGACAAGACAGCUUUCCAGACCCUGGUCACAUAUCUCAAAGAAACCACCGUAUGUACAGCAAUCCAGAUAUUUUACAACUACAUUCACCAACAUCCAACCCUUCUUCUGCUCUCAGUAGCCACCAGAUGAUCAACUCCAGUGUCUCACCCCAUCGAAGCACCCGCCUUCCUCAGCGUAGACACUCCUCAGUACUUCCACAUUUAACAGAAUUCAAUAACCAUCACAACCUCCUGAGAAAUUUACCUGAAGGAGAUGAACAGAAAGGUUUAUUAAGAAAUGAAAACAAAAGGAAACGUAAAUUGUACUAGAAUAAGUGCAUGGCAAGGUAAUGCUCACUUGGUUCAAAUGAUUGAAACUCCUUAACUGAGCAAUAGGUGCUGAAAUUUAACACCAGUGACUGAUGCGUGGAGUAGGAGCUUGACAGUCAGCUGCAGUGACGUGAGUAUUGCACUGGCUGUUGUGGUGCCUCGGUGUUGUUGGAAAAGGGGGGAUCUUGGCAUCACUGCUUAGAUUGUUACCUCUAGAUAAGAGUUCAAAUAAGUAGUAGAAAAAUGGAAUUUAAAAGAACUGAGCCAGCCCGGUGGUGUAUUUCCAGAAAACUAAGCUAGUCCUACAGAAUCAGAAUCAGAAUACUUUAUUAAUCACUAAGGAAAGUAUGUAAGAGAUACAGGUCUUUGAUUUUUUUUUUUUUUUUUGCAUUACCAUUUGCAAAAUCACAGAGACCAUGAUGCUUUACCAUGAUUUGGGGGAAAAAACAAAAUGUUCUGUGCUAAAAUUAGCAUGGAUAUAGGAGAU